AUGAUGUCUACUGAUUCGGUAUUUCUUCUUUCUGGAGUCCGAACUCCAAUUGCUUCAUUUCGCAGCUCAUUUUCAACGGUCAGGGCAACAGAACUUGCAACAAUAGCAGCCAGUGCAGCCAUUACUCGAGCAGAGUUGCCCAUUGAUGCAAUCGAAGAGUCCUUUGUUGGUUGUGUGCUAACUGCAGACUGCGGUCAGAAUGUUGCACGACAGAUCAGCAUUGCCGUCGGUAUACCUAAAACAUCCCAAGCUGUAACGGUGAAUAAAGUAUGUUCUUCCUCGAUGAAGGCUUUAGCCUUCGCUCACUUGUCAAUUAAAAGUGGUUACCGAAGGAAAGUGCUUGUUGUGGGAUGUGAGAACAUGAGCCAGGUUCCGUUUUAUCUGCAACGCAGCGAAAUACCAUACGGUGGAACUGCUGUCAUUGAUGGAUUGCUUAGAGACGGUCUUGAAGAUCCCACUCUCAGAACACCGAUGGGAUUAUGUGCUGAAAAAUCUGCUAAGGACUACGACAUAAGUCGUGGAUCUCAAGAUGAAUUCGCUAUCCAGAGUUAUACAAAGGCAGCAGCUGCGUGGAAGAACGGUCUUUUUGCUGAAGAAGUUGUACCGGUCACAAUAAAGCUUAAAAAAGGUGCUGAAAUUGUGGUAUCGGAGGAUGAAGAAUAUAAAAAAUUAGUUGAAGCAAAAGUCUCAACGCUCAAUCCUGUUUUCCUAAAAGAUGGCUCAGGGACAAUCACUGCUGCUAAUGCUUCUUCACUCAAUGAUGGUGCGGCGGCUGCCGUGGUUGUUAGAGGAGAUCAGAUUCCACAAGGUGUCAUACCUCUCGCAGAGGUAGUGGCCUUCGCGGAAGCUGGAGGAGAACCUGUAGAUUUUACCGUCGCUCCAGUGUGGGCAGUCAAAAAGCUUCUUGAAGAGGUGAAUAUGACCGUCAAAGAUGUUUCGUUGUGGGAGAUCAAUGAGGCGUUUUCGGUCACAGCACUAGUUUUUAUAAAAGAGCUGAAUCUCGAUCCUGCCAAAGUGAAUGUCAAAGGGGGUGCUGUUGCGCUAGGACAUCCACUCGGGAUGUCUGGGCUACGAAUUGUGUUGUCCCUUGCACAUUCACUGGCUUCUGGUGCUUUCGGGGUUGCAGCUAUUUGUAACGGAGGAGGAGAGGCCAUGGCUACUGCACAGUUUACUUGCGGCAAAGAACUGUUAUGUGACUUCCAAGCUGCACACAUAUUUGAGCUGGGCUUUGACGGAGUGCUGGACAAAGGCACCUUUUUGCAAUACGUAUCGUCCGCCGCACAACUGUGCAGGAAGGAGGAGGUAGCAAUCACGAUCUGGGGUUUCCAGUUCAACACAAGAGGAGAAGAGAAAAUGAUGCGACAGUGGAGAAGGAAAAGGAACAAGAGAAUGGAGAAGACCAAAAUGAAAGGGAAUACAUAUACUGCUGUCAAAAACUUGGAUGCAUUGCACAUUCUUAUCAAAACCUUGAAUGGAAAGCUGGCUGAUCGGAAAGGAGAAAUCUCAAGGAGCAUUAUGGCAAUGCUCGUGAAAGGAGCGCUUGCAGCGCUAGGUGGCGCGUUUGUUUAUGCAAACCUCCCUACAAGACUAACUAUUGGUGCCAUUGCUCCUACCGCUGCUUAUCUUUCCGAGGCGAAGUUGAUUCCGAUCUCUGACGAAUCCCGUUUUGAUGAGGGGAACAUAUUGCAGGCUUCUUCGUUGUUUUCUAAAGGCCCGACUAUGGUGAUGGCAGUGCGUCGCCCAGGAUGCAUGUUGUGUCGAAAAGAAGCUGCGGAGCUGAGCACGCUUGAACCAAACAUGAAAGCAGCUGGGAUCAAUUUGAUCGCGGUAGUGCACGAAACGAAAGGGGUGAAUGACUUCAAGCCGUAUUUCAAGGGAGAAGUUUAUUUCGACAAAGAGCGCCAUUUCUACGGACCGAAUCAGCGUUGGUUGCCGUUAUGGAUGGGAUUUCUUCGUGUAGGAUCUUACGUAAAUAUUUACAAGGCAAGGCAAGCAGGAUAUCACGGGAACACAGAUGGAGAAGGACGGUUGCUUGGAGGAGUGUAUCUUGUUGCCAAUAACGAAUUAGUAUUUGCUCAUCUCGAGCAGGAAUGGGGAGAUGCUGCAAGUAUUAGUGAAGUUCGAAGAGCGAUUGAAAAGUUCAAAAAAGACUGCACUACUACAUUUGUGAUAGUAUUCUCUCUUGUACGUAAGAGGUGUAAUGAUUAA